UACAGACUUGACAUUCUUUUUCUUCAAAUAAGGAAACGUAGCACAUAAACACAAACACGAGAGUACGUGCUAGUUAUAGACUACUUUUAAUCUCGACAAUUUACAGCAAAAAUAUCAAUAACGAUGGAGAGGAGUUGCGGGAUAGUUUCUGCAGUUAAAGCGUUGGAGUAUGCGGGAGGUAGCUGCAUAUCGAGGUGCACAUGUGAUGAACUCCCCUGCCCGCUGCUGAGCUGGCUUGCAUCCCAACUGAAGGGUCUGUGUCCGGAGCUUCAGGAUUCAGGUGGGGGAAGUAAGAUCUUGCUGGUGAGAGAGCUGAGAAACAUGCUUUCAGACUUGCACUCUCCCCUCACUGGGCUGACCUCUGAGAUGCUGGGGCCCUCCAUCCUCAACAAAGUCACUGAGUUCCUUGUAUCAGAAUUGCAAGCAGCUCAUAUCAUCAAGUACAAAGAGCUUCAUCCUGAGGAUAAUCCAAGUGGCGAGGAGUCUGAAAAAGAGCAAAGGGUGGUGAAUACCGUGGCGCUUUCUCAGGAAUAUGGUGACAAUGAUUCAAACAACAACCAAAGUACAGCUGAGAUGCAGGCGGAAUGGAUAUUACUGCUUCACGCUCUAAACAUGGAUGUGUUCUCUCCUUAUCCUGACGUGCUGCAUGAGGUGGAGUCGAGGAUUGCUCGUUUACCUGGUGAAGCCAUGACUAAGCCUCUUCUUAACUCCAGCCUCAGCGCAGAGCAGUGGAUGCAGCUUGAAAAAAUAAAUAAAGUUAUGUCUGACGACUACGGCUGUCGGCAGCAAAUGAUGAUCAAACGUUUUCAGGUGUCACUUGAGUCUUUUGCAUGGGGAGACAAGCAGAAGGAGCGUAGUGAAGCGCUGUCCUCAGUCCCACCGCUUGCAUCCAUCACUAUUUCAUCCCGAGUGUCCAUCCCUCUCCUACUAGCUACCAGAGAGGAUCAGUCCUGCAUUGAGCCAAUUAAAGCUGGAACAACUACAAAUGUUUACAAGAAAAUGAUGGGCCACGUACCGGACAGAGGGGGUCGACCCGGGGAAAUUGAAGCACCUAUGCCGACCUGGGCAGAGAGAAGAUCAGGACAUGGAGGUGGACGCCAUCAAUGGCGGAAAAAUCCAAAUAAAAAGAGAAAGGGGAAGAGGGAGUAGUAUGUAAAUGUAUUUUUUUGUAGUUUUUUUUAUGGAAAAAAAAUACUUCAAAAAUACCAGUGGAAUGCAACAAAUGAUUAUUGUUUGUAAAACUACAUGUUGCACUUAUUAAUUUUUUCAAACCUUGUCAAAUCUGAAGUGUGCAGGUAUAUGCUUUGUAAUCUUCGAGGGAAUUAAAAUGAAAACGAGAAUUAUUUUUUUUAUUAUUAUUCUAUUUUCACACUAAAUUAAUGUAUAAAACAUAAUUAAUGUGUUAUCAACGUUGGCAUGAUUUGUGCACAUAAGAUUUAUCUAAUAAAGAAAUAAUAAGACUUUA